ACGUUUGAUUGUUAACAACAGCUGCAUCUAAAUUAAUCAACAAAAUAAAUUUGUUGGAAAUGUCAAUUGGAUAAAACCUAUUAACAGAAUUAAUAAAUAAAAAAGUGAUAUAAAUAUUAUUAAAUAAUUAAUUUAUUUUCAUCAUCUAAUUUAUAUCAAAAUUCCGAAAAUUUGAAAAACAGUAAACUUUCGAUUAAUAAUCUAUUUAUCAUUAUAUCAAAAAAAAUUUGACUUUCUACUGAUAGCAGUUGUCGCAAACAACAUGUUCAUCAAUGAGAAUAAAUGAGUUUUAAAGUAAUUGUCGCACAAAUUAUGAUACAAUUACAAGUAAAUAGUCAAAUGAAAGAAAGUGGUGGUUUUCGAUCUAAUAGAGACAUUUACCAAGCAAGUUCAAAAUACAGCAAUAUGAUACCGAAAACCCCAACAGAUUUUAUUGAUAACAAUCAGUUACAUCAUCAUAAAACUAACAAACAACAAGAAGAACAUAUUGCAGAAACCUCAAUGGACGAUUAUAAUGACAAUCAAAAAUUUGUAUAUAGAGAGAUUGGCGUGGAGGAUGGAGUUAAUAAUAAUUGCAAAGGUAUUGAAAAGCAGAUAGAUAAAGAAAAGUAUUUGAAAAUAUAUUAUUGUAACGGCAAUGGUGACAAUAACAAUAAUACAACAUUCCCCGGCAUUACAAAUAUUGAUGGAGAUUACAGUAGCUACGAAGCCCAAAUACAAGCUGGAUCAAUUAAUAGUUCAUUAUAUGAAAGUCUAAAAAUCCAAAAUCUGCACACACGAUUAGAUGGCAGUAGUCCAUAUAAACAAUUAACAUUUGAAAUAUAUAAUCAGUAUCCAUUACUCAUCAACAACAAUAAGAAGACAAGUGAUAACAUAGAUCGGAUAGAGGUACAGAAUAUUUUGGCUGAGGAAAAUGAGGAAGCUGAAGGCGUUACAGAGGACGGUAACAAUAGCAUAGCUAGAUCAACCUUUGGUACGGGUGACUUGGUAACUAAUGAAAGCCAAACAAAAAGUAUUUUAAAUGAACCAGACAUAGAAAAGAGAAAAGAGGACAAUGUUACACCUACAAAGGUUCCAGCAACGCCCCCAAAAUCCUUAGCAGAAUAUGUAGAAACACAGACCAUAGCCACAACUCAUGUACAAAAUAUAAACCAACGUCAUCAUCUUGUUAAGGAUUUGGGAGAUCAAAUUUUACAUGGUCAACCGUUAAACGUUCAUAAUCUUUUAGAUGUGGCAGGGAGCAUCUGUGCGGGGCCCAUGGGUGCUUUAUGUGAUAUGGCCGCAUUUUCAAAAUUGGAUUGCAGCUCCCUGGGCGAUCUUACGGAACACACGCACAACAAUCCAGAUUUUCUAGCCAAAAAAUACUAUCAUCCUCUGUACGCGCACGGUGUUUGUCGAUGGCCUGGAUGUGAGUUACCACUCGAUGAUAUGGCCAAUUUUGUUAAGCACCUUAAAACUGAACACUGCUUAGAUGAUCGCUCGACGGCACAGGCUCGAGUUCAAAUGCAGGUUGUUUCUCAGCUCGAGAUGCACUUGCAAAAGGAACGUGACCGUUUACAGGCCAUGAUGCAUCAUUUAUAUUUAACUAAACACUUCGUAAUGCCUGAAGAGUCACAGGUUCAAGAAAACAUUUCACAUAUCCGAUAUAAAAAUGCUAUUAGAUCAGUGUCUACAACGCCGGAUUUAAAUAGAAGCAAUAAUAAUAGUAACGAUGAUUCUGAUGGUGCAAAUGAUUUGCAAUCUUUUCUAAUGAGUUCUACCAAUAUGAGCGCCACAAGAAAACGUAUAUGUGACAAAAGUCCAUUAGCAUUAGCAGGCGGUCUUCCAUAUAUGCUGGAAAGAGCUGGACUUGACGUGCAACAAGAUCCCCAAUUUUUAUACCCUCCAUCACCAUCAGUGCCCCGCAGUACGAAGAACUAGUUCAUCAACG